CUUCCGUUUCCCUUUCCCUGUUUUUGAUUAUUUUUUUGUCUAUCUCCCUUUCUUUCUCUUUCUUUCCUCCUUUAGACACUUUUUUUAACAUUAAUUUUUAUUUACACAGUUUAUAAUAUAAUAAUUAUUAGCUUCAUCUAUUUGUUUUAUUGAACAACCAUGGUCGCUAUUCGCCUCUCCUGCUCUGUCAACAACUACCAUUGGGGUAAGCAAGGCUUGAACAGCAAGGCUGCGCAGUUUGCUGCCACCAGCAACGUCACCAUUGACGAAACCAAGACAUACUCAGAGCUGUGGAUGGGCACACAUCCGACCGGCCCUUCAUUGGUGUUCGGCACAGAGACACCCCUGUCAGCCAUUGUCGACGAAAAUCCUAGGGAUGCCCUCGGGGAAGAUAUAGCGAAAAAGUUUAACAACCAGCUGCCGUUUCUCUUUAAGGUGCUCUCGAUCGACCGCGCGCUGUCCAUUCAAGCCCACCCAGACAAAGCCCUCGCCCAGAAGCUGCACACCGAGAGACCCAAUGUGUACAAGGAUCCAAAUCACAAACCCGAGAUGUCCAUUGCCUUGACAGACUUUGUGGCCAUGAGCGGGUUCCGCCCCCUGGAGCAGAUCGCUGCCUUCCUCGAAAACUUCCCCGAGUUCAAGGCCCUGGUCACAGAGUCUGCGGACGGCUUCUCGGCAGCUGCCAAGAGUGGUGAUGACACCGAGAAGCGCAAGUGGCUCAAGGCGCUGUUUGGCGAACUGAUGGGCGCGGACGAAAAUGAGGUCAAGCGGCAGUUAGACGCGCUGUUGGAGAGGAUUGGCACUGAGGUCGGCGAUCUUCUGGAUGUGUCGCCCGAGUCCCUUGUGCGGCGGGUCAGCGCUGAGUACCCCGGUGACGUCGGUGUCUUCUGCGUCUUCAUGCUGAACGUGCUCAAGCUGGCUCCUGGCGAUGCCUUUUUCAUGGGUCCCAAUGACCCACACGCCUAUGUGUUCGGCGACUGCGUUGAGUGCAUGGCGACGUCGGACAAUGUUGUUCGCGCCGGCCUGACGCCCAAGAUGCGCGACGUGCCGGUGCUUGUCGAUAUGCUGACGUACGACUAUGGCACACCCGACGCCAAGCUCUUAAAGCCUGUGAAUUUUAAGGGUGCUGCUGGGCACUCGGUUAUUUAUGAUCCGCCGAUUGAUGAGUUUUCGGUUGUUCGGACUCUGCUGGAUGCAGGGCAGAGUGAAACGGUUAGCGGUCUGGCCGGUCCGCAGAUCUUACUUGUUGUCGAGGGGAGGGGCACUUUAGUUGAUGAGGACGAGAACCACAUGUUGAUUCCUGGCGCUGUCUACUUUGUCGCACCCAACUCGCCCAUCACUAUUUUUGCAAAGAACUCUAACCUGGUCAUAUACACCGCCAUGUGCCUGCCCUAAAGACACAUUUACCCUUUUAAUUCUCUAUUUCUUUAUUCUUCUGUUAUUUGUGUUAAUUUUUAUUGCAUUUUUUUAUAAAUAAAAU